GGGAAGAGGGGGAGGGUUGUACCCCGAAGUGAAUAUCUCAGUUAGGCCCUGGCGCGGCCUACGCCAGUCCUUUACCCUUUUCAGCCUCUCCGCUCGGUCAUGGCUGAACACUCGGCCUCGAGACAUCCCGUGCCGCCCAUUGAGUCGGAGCUCUAUUUCCUCAUCGCUCGGUACCUGUCUGCCGGUCCUUGCCGGAGAGCAGCCCAAGUACUGGUGCAGGAACUGGAACAGUACCAGUUGUUGCCGAAGAGAUUGGAUUGGGAAGGCAAUGAACAUGACUGGAAAUAUGAGGACUUGGUCUUGUCAAAUAAACAUGUGGCACCUGAUCAUCUGUUGCAAAUCUGUCAGCGUAUUGGCCCUAUACUGGAUAAAGAAAUUCCACCCUGUAUUUCCAGAGUUACAUCUUUACUUGGUGCAGGAAGGCAGUCUUUGCUACGUACUGCAAAAGAUUGCCGAGCUACCGUUUGGAAGGGCUCUGCUUUUGCUGCUCUUCAUAGAGGAAGACCACCUGAAAUGCCUGUAAAUUAUGGUUCCCCACCAAAUCUUGUGGAGAUAAAUCGUGGAAAACAACUUACGGGAUGUGCCUCAUUUAGCAUGGCAUUUCCAGGAAGUAUGUAUCAACACAUAAAAAUGCAUAGGAGGAUUCUGGGACAUCUCUCUGCAGUUUACUGUGUUGCAUUUGAUAGGACAGGGCACAGAAUCUUUACUGGUUCAGAUGAUUGUUUGGUAAAGAUAUGGUCUACACAUAAUGGCAGGUUGUUGGCCACAUUAAGAGGCCAUUCUGCAGAAAUUUCUGAUAUGGCUGUGAACUAUGAAAAUACUAUGAUUGCUGCAGGAAGUUGUGAUAAAAUAAUUAGAGUGUGGUGCUUGAGAACUUGUGCUCCAGUUGCUGUGCUUCAGGGACACACUGGCUCAAUUACAUCUCUGCAGUUUAGUCCAAAGGCUAAUGGCUCUGAGAGAUACAUGGUGUCUACUGGUGCAGAUGGGACAGUUUGCUUUUGGCAGUGGGACUUAGAUUCCAUGAAAUUCAGUAAUCGUCCUUUGAAAUUCACUGAAAAACCUAGACCAGGGGUUCAAAUGCUUUGUUCGUCUUUUAGUGUUGGUGGCAUGUUCUUAGCAACAGGUAGUACUGAUCAUGUAAUCAGAAUGUAUUUUUUGGGCUUUGAAAUGCCUGAAAAAAUAGCAGAACUUGAAAGUCACACUGACAAAGUCGAUAGUAUCCAGUUUUCUAACAAUGGUGAUCGCUUCUUAAGUGGUAGCAGAGAUGGAACAGCAAGAAUUUGGAAAUUUGAGCAACCAGAAUGGAAAAGUAUUUUAUUGGAUAUGGCAACGAGAUUGUCAAGUGACUCAUGUUCAGAAGAAGAAAAAUUUAUGAAACCGAAAGUAACAAUGAUAGCUUGGAACCGAAAUGACACCCUUGUUGUCACUGCUGUAAACGACCAUGUACUCAAAGUAUGGAAUUCUCAUACUGGACAGCUACUUCAUAAUUUGGUGGGACAUACAGAUGAAGUAUUUGUUUUGGAGACACAUCCCUUUGAUUCCAGGAUCAUGCUGUCUGCAGGUCAUGAUGGAAAUAUAUUUAUAUGGGAUAUUACAAAAGGCAUUAAGACAAAGCAUUACUUCAAUAUGAUUGAAGGACAAGGACAUGGAGCUGUAUUUGACUGUAAAUUUUCAUCAGAUGGACAGCAUUUUGCUUGUACAGAUUCUCAUGGACAUCUGCUUAUAUUUGGAUUUGGUUGCAGUAAACCUUAUGAGAAGAUUCCUGAUCAGAUGUUCUUCCAUACUGACUACCGACCACUGAUUCGUGAUUCAAAUAAUUAUGUCUUAGAUGAACAAACCCAACAGGCUCCUCAUCUUAUGCCUCCCCCAUUUUUGGUGGAUGUAGAUGGCAAUCCUCACCCAACUAAAUAUCAAAGAUUAGUACCUGGUCGGGAGAACUCUGCAGAUGAACAUUUGGUUCCACAGCUUGGAUAUGUGGCAACAAGUGAUGGAGAAGUCAUUGAACAAAUAAUAAGCCAACAUACCAAUGAUCUGGAUGAACAAAAUCCAGAAGCCAGGGUUGUUCUAGAUGGAAUGAUAAGACAGUUACAGCAGCAGCAAGAUCAGAGAAUAGGAGCAAAUCAAGAUGUUUUUCGAAAUGAUUUUCCAGAUGGGGAAGAAACACCAAGAAGAGGUUUUAGAAGACUAAGUUUAGAUGUCCAGUCUCCUCCAAAUAUUGGUUUGCGUCGUAGUGGGCAAGUUGAAGGUGUUCGUCAGAUGCAUCAGAAUGCUCCACGUAGUCAGAUUGCCACAGAACGUGAUCUGCAAGCUUGGAAACGAAGAGUGGUUGUGCCAGAAGUGCCACUGAGUAUAUUUCGAAAGCUGGAAGACUAUAGAAUUGGAAAAGGUGAGGAGGAGAAAAAUCUUUACAUAACAGAAAGAAAAAAGAAGCCUCUUCAAUUAACUCAAAAGAUGGUUCCAGUGGCCCGUUCCAGACAGAGAAAUUUUAGAUCUAAAUAUUCAGGUUAUGAAAAUAAUUUCAGUCAUCUUGAGUCAUCAUCUGAGGAAGGAAAUGAGUCCCCUAGCUUCACGAGACAGGACACGUCAACUCCGGAUCAGAGUGAAGAUUCUGGCAGUUCUGAAGAAGAGGAAGAAGAAGAAUGGAAAAGUGAAGAAAAAAGUGAAAGUGAUAGUGACAAUUCUAGUGAUUCUUCAGCCAGAUAUUCUGAUUGGAGGGCUGAUGUUGGUAUUAAUCUUCAGCCUCCUUUAAGAACCUCAUCUCGUCGUAGAAUUAUACGGUAUUGCAGUAGCUCAGAAGAUGAAGUAUCUGUUGAGAAGUUAUCUACUCCAAAGAGAAGGAGAAAGAGAAGGAAAAAAUGUAAACCUAAGAAGUCGAAUUUGCAGAGGAUGACUCCAGCUGAGCUUGAAAAUAUAGAACUUUUAUAUGAAUUUCAUCCUCCAGUUUGGAUAACAGAUACUACACUUCGAAAAUCUCCAUUUGUUCCUCAAAUGGGUGAUGAGGUAAUAUAUUUUCGACAAGGUCAUGAAGCUUAUGUUGAGGCAGUUAGAAGAAAUAAUAUUUAUGAGCUAAACCCCAACAAGGAGCCAUGGAAGAAAAUGGAUCUUAGAGAUCAAGAAUUGGUAAAAAUAGUUGGGAUGCGGUAUGAGGUUGGUCCCCCUACACUCUGUUGCCUUAAACUCGCUUUUAUAGAUCCAGCCACUGGAAAACUUCUGGACAAGUCCUUCUCUCUUAAGUAUCACGAUAUGCCAGAUGUUAUUGACUUUCUUGUACUGCGUCAGUUUUAUGAUGAAGCACGACAGAGGAACUGGCAAGCUCGUGACAGAUUUCGAUCUAUAAUUGAUGAUGCUUGGUGGUUUGGAACAGUGUUAAGUCAAGAGCCCUUUCAACCACAGUAUCCAGAUAGUCAUUUCCAAUGUUACAAUGUUAAGUGGGACAAUACUGAAAUAGAAAAGCUUAGUCCAUGGGAUAUGGAACCAAUUCCUGAUAAUGUUGAUCCACCUGAAGAAUUGGGAGCUAGUAUUUCAGUGACUUCAGAUGAACUAGAGAAAUUGUUAUAUAAACCCCAGAAUGGUGAAUGGGGUAAAAAAUCCCGGGAUGAAGAAUGUGAAAGAAUAAUCAAUGGCAUUGAUCAACUUUUGAAUCUUGAUAUAGCUGCAGCUUUUGCAGGUCCAGUUGACUUAUGUACAUACCCAAAGUACUGUACAGUGGUAGCCUAUCCAACAGAUCUCUACACCAUUCGGAUGAGACUUGUCCAUCGAUUUUACAGGAGGAUUUCUGCCCUAGUCUGGGAAGUAAGGUAUAUAGAAUAUAAUGCCAGAACCUUUAAUGAACCUGGGAGUGCUAUUGCAAGAUCAGCUAAGAAGAUCACUGACCAACUUUUAAAAUUCAUUAACAAUCAAGACUGUACAAAUAUUUCUGAAUUUUGUAAUAAUACUGAAGAUGAUGAACAAGGCUCCACAGAUGCUGAUGAUUUGGAUGAGCAUGAUCUUCCUAAAACUUCUUCUGGAAAAAUACGAGAGCAUCAUUGGAAGAAAAGGAACAAUAAUAAGACUAAAUAUGAUAAAAAUAAUUGGCAGAGACAAUGUAAAGAACUAGUGAACUUAAUUUUCCAGUGUGAAGAUUCUGAGCCAUUUAGACAUCCUGUUGAUUUGGUUGAGUAUCCAGACUAUAGAGAUAUUAUAGACACUCCAAUGGACUUUGGAACAGUGAGGGAAACUCUAGAAGCAGGAAAUUAUGACAACCCACUGGAAUUUUGCAAAGAUAUCCGAUUAAUAUUUAGUAAUGCUAAAGCAUAUACACCAAACAAAAGGUCAAAGAUUUACAGUAUGACUCUUAGAUUAUCUGCACUAUUUGAGGAAAAAAUAAGAAGAAUUUCCUCUGAUUUUAAAAUUGGGCAAAAAUACAGUGAAAAAUUACGAAGAAGUCAAAGGUGUAAGAGAAAGCAAGGUUCUACAUGUGACUAUCAAUCUAGCAAAUACAGAAAUGUGAAAUGGAAACAAUUGAAAUCCCAGGCAAAAGUCAUACCUGACUUAGAAGGUUCUCCUACUCAGUCUACCUCUAAUAGUGCAGCUUGGUCUUCGAGCCAGAAGACCACAGUUAGUUUUUCUGCCAAUAUUACUUCUGGUGAUUCAUCUGAUUCUGCAACAUCAUCUGAAAAAAUUGGAAAGACUAGACCCAUAACUUUAACAAAUUCUACAGUUUUAAGUGCUUCCAGUAGUUCAGAGGAAAGUAGAGAGAAUUCUGAAUCUCCUGAGCCCUUAAUACGGAAUGGGCUCUCCAGAGGCAAAAGCAGAAAUUUCAUUGUCACUAGAAAUAGAACUUCUCAAAGAAAAAAUGGUUCUGUAUUUUUAGAAAAUGGUUGUGGCAGAAAAGCUGUACGCAAAAGGGUCUACUUGAGUGAUUCUGAUAAUUCAGUACCAACAAAUGAAACAAUCAAAGAUAAAGCUGGAAGUAACCGAAAAAUCCCACGCAAGUGUGCUGCUGUGGCUGCCAAUAAGAUUAAUAAGCUAAUGAGUGAUGUAGAAGAAGAUUUGAGCUCAGGAAGUGUUUGCUCUACAAGCAAAAACAGCAGGAAGCUGCCUCACCGAAAUGCCUCUGCUGCAGCUAAAAAAAAAUUAUUAUAUAAUUCUGAGGAUGAUCAAAGUAUAAAGACAGGAAGUGAAAAGGAACAAAAAAAGAAAAAUCAGCCAGCAGCAGAGAUGUCUUCUGAUGCUACUAGGAAAAGUGUCAGUGAAUCUGAAAAUGAAAGUUCUGAGUCUGAUAGUAAUUUAAUGGUGUCACAAAAGAAUUGGCAUGCUAAUGGUUAUAAAGCCCAUACUGGAGCAGGUUUUACAACAAAAUUUCCUGUGAUAGAAACUUCUGAGGAAGAUUCAGAAGGCUCUGAUUUGGAGAAUGGUAGUAAAAAAGCCUGUCCAUCAACUUCUGCUGAGAAAUCCAAGGCCAGAAAGAGUUCUAAGGAGGAUGCAAAUUCUGAACCAAGUGAAUGGAGUGGCAAAAAAUGCAAGAAAACUUGCUGGAAGGGUGCUACUCAGUUUAGGAAAGCAAAAGUCCUAAGUGAUUCAGAGGAUUCUGAUGAAUGUGAAAAGAGUGAAAAAGAAGAUGGAAGCCAUUGUGAGCUGUUGAAAACAUCUUUGAAUUCAGGAAAUUUGAAGGAUGAGCCUCAUGCUGUUCCCAAAUAUUAUUUGAAACAUGAAUCAGAUUUGGAUUCUGAUCAUAGUUCUGAUGAAGAUAUAGAACCAAGUAAAAGGUCAACAGAUGUUAUGAAAGAUUCUGUAUCCCAAGAAAAUGGACACAAUGGAAAAGCUUCUAAGAAAAGGAUUUGCUCCAGUGACUCAGACAGCAAUUCAGAAGUAGUUAAAUCAUUAAAGGGCAAAAUUGGUUUCCGCAGGAUUCCACGGAGAAGUGCUACAAUGGCUGCCAAUAAAAUAAGGUUAAUGAGUGAUGAUGAAGAUUUUAAUUCAGAAAAUGUGUGCACUAAAAGCAAUGGGUACAGGAAGAAGACCCUUAACUGUGCUACUAAACCUAAGAAUGCAUUAUAUGAUUCUGAGGGAAAUGCAAGUUUAAAGAGUGAAAUAGUAUUAAAUGAACAAAGUACCUCAGAAGAUCAACUACUUGAUACUGGUUCUGAUAGUAGUAGAAAAAAUGUUAGUGAGUCUAUAAAUGGAGACUUAGAUUCAGAAAAUAAUCAAAAAUGGCAUGCUAAUUGUCUCAAAGCUACUAGUGCUGCAUCUCAUACAACAGGAAAUUCCCUGAUUGAAUCUUCAAAUGAAGAUUCAAAAAGCCAUAAUCCAGAAGAUGAUAAUAGAAGGAAAGUUCCUUAUCAAUCAACUUUGGUGCAUAGGUCUACUUCGGAGAAUAGUGUUGAAGAGGAAAUGAGUUCUGGGGUAGGAAAAUGGACAGGUAGAAGAAGCAGAAGAAAAACUCGUCAAAAGAUUCCUUUCAGAAAGGCAGAGGUUCAUCAUGAUUUGCAAGACACAACAGAAUCUGAAAAGGGGACAAAGAGCAAACGUUCUGAAUCAAAAAUUUUGGAAGGUUCUGAAGUAGCAGCUAGUUCAAAGACUAAUCCCAAAUGUGAUUCAAAUCUGGAAACAGAAAGUGAUUCAGAUACUGCCUAUAGUGAUAAUAUAAAAACAAAAAAAAGAAAAAGGAAUAGAAAAGCAAAUGUCACUAGAAGAAGUGGUAAUGCUUUUAAAGGUAACAUAUCUAAACCAAUGAGAUUACCAAGAAAAAGCAAACGACCAAGAUUAAGGUUGGAUGAUAAUGACUGGGAGGAUUUGGACUACACAAAAACUAAGAAAGCUCCACGACGUUCAAAAAUAAGAACAAGAAAUCAGGGUAGAAGAACUGUAAGAUAUAAUUAUGGGGAUGAUGAUAGAAUUUUAGAUGUAGAAAAUGUUUUUGAUAUAGGUGAUUGCACCUUAUGACCUUGAGGAAAAACCAGUUCAUUUUUUUUUUCGAGGAAUUGAACUGGAAUUCGUGGUGAAUAUUGGCUGUUCCAGUGAUUUUUUUUUUUUUUUUGUUCUAUAAUUCAGGGAAUAUAUUUAUAUUUUUCUAUGAAAAAGUUAUGAAUGUGACUAAAUCAUGACUGUCCUUUUCCUCAUUUUUCCUUGACCUUGCUUAGGUAGCAGCAUUUAGCACAGGUGCCAAAAUAAGCUUCAUUUUGGGGCAGCUCUCAAUUUUGACUCUUAUGUGACUACAUAUAGCAAGAGUUUAAAAUCUUUUAUGUCUAUAAACACUAGACAGCUGGCUAGUAUUAAUUGGUUGAUCAUUAUUUUCACAGUAGCAAGUUAAUACUUUUCAUAGUUACUACUUUAUUAAAUUCUUAAGUAAGUCAUAGUUUCUAUUCUCCUUUGUUUAAUAUUAUCAUAAUUUUAUGUGAAUGUUUACAUGACUCAUAACAAGAGCUUACUGACAUUAAGAUCAUGGGAAGAGGAACUAUUUACUAGGUAGACAGAUAGUUAACCAUUUUGUUUUGGUUCCCUUUAGAAACUUUUAUUGCCACCACAGUUCAAUACAGGAUAUCAGCUCUAUUAAUUUUAAUUACUUCCAUUUUCCUUUUUAAAUGGUGGUGUACGUGUGCAUAUACACACAUACACACAUGCGUGCACGCGCACAUACACACACGCAUUCUAAUUUCUAUGCUGUAAACUUGAACUUAGAAACUACUGGUAAAUUGUUUUAUCCAGUCUUUUUUUGUUUAAAUGUUGAACAUGUUUCUUUAAAAAAAAAAAAUUCCAAACAAGGUCAGAGCCAUAGCCUUUAUUUUGUCAUUUUCUUUAACAUCUGCACUAAUGUAUAAAUGCUGUAAAGCUUGCUUCUUAGCCACCUGAAAUCUUUCCUUUUUUUUUUUUUAACAUUAAUGUAUUUAACCAAAGUGAAUUAGUAUUUUUAAUUACUUCAUCCUCCUAAAUGAAAAGAACGUGCCUUUAGUUUAAAAAAAAAAUCAUUCUUAGUCAUCCUUGUUAUUUCAGUCUAGUUGAAAAAAAUAAUUAUCCCACUUCACUCUUCUACUUAUGUGAGUUUCUCAUCAAUAUUGAAAUUAUAAUUUUGGUUUUGUGACAGUGAAACUUCAUACAGGGAAAUGAGGCAAGUUUGAAUUGAUUUGCCAUAUCAUCUUGCAUUCCCAUACACCCUGGGCUACUAAAGUAACCAUGCCAAUAUUAAUAGCAAUGGCCCUAAUAGUGUAGAUUUGCAGUUUCUAAGAAAACAUAAUAGUACAUGUUAGUUUAAUGAUUUUGAAACCAUUAAGUUAAACUUGGCACCUAAACAUUUGUAUUUUAUAGUAAUUUGUUCUUUUUUUGUUGUUUGUUGGUUUGGUUUUUUUGUUUGUUUGUUUUUUUGUUGUUGUUUGUUUGUUUGUUUGCUAGGUCUCCUUAACCUUGUCUCUAUAUGUAGCCUCAUUGAGCUUUCAUGUGCCUGAAGUAGUACCUCCAAUAUAUUUUGUGUAUUUUAUUAGGGACAGUUAUAUCCCCUGCACCUCUACUCUCCACCAUGCCUAGCUUUAAAUUUGGGUUUGGCAUCAGAUAGAAAUUUUAUUUCUCUAAUUUCCCUGAAAUCAUAGCUAUUGAAAACUUUAGAGAAGUUUUUUUAUUUUUUUAUUUCUGGGUUAGAGAAUCCUUUCCAAAGUGCUCAUAUAUUUCCCAGAAACUUACACUGUCACCAUCAUACUCUUCCCUACCAACAGGGAAGUGGUGUUCUAGACAGCAUUGACACAACCUAGGAUAUCUAUUCCUUUUAUCCUCAGGGGAAUUAUAAUUUCAGAUAAAAGCUAAUAUUUUUUCUCUCAUUAGUGUUUUUUAAAAAAAAAAAGGGUACUGUGUUAGUACAAUAUUCUGCUCCAGAUGGUUUGGGGUAUUGAGAGAGAUUGCUGUCUAGGGCACUGCACUAACUUAAAAAAAUUUAAAAUAUUCCUUGAACAUCUCCUAAUUUACUAUAAUAAAUUGUUAUGAAUCUAGUCCAUGAAUUAACCUAAAUUCUUCCUCAGCUUCUUUGUUUAUACAUUAGCCACUGUCUUCUGUGUAAAGUAUCAGAAAUCUGAGUGCAUAUAAAUGUGGAAUAUUUAAAUGGGCUUAGGUUUUUAUAAUAUAAAGAAAAAUUUUCUUACUGCAUGUAUACACAGAAUGAGUUUCGCCAUCUGGGCUAAACUAUCUAAGUAGUCGGUCCAGUCAAAAUGGUUAAACCAAUUGUUAGUAAAUACAGCUUUCAUAUUUCAACAAGCAUAUAUAAUAGGAAAAACCAAGCACAGCAUCAUUUCACUUUAUGACUGUAAAGAUGUACUUGGAAAAAAGGUAAAUUAUAAAAAACAAAUAAAAUAAGAACUUGGUGCUAUAAAGGAAUUGUGUAGUUAUAGGUUGUUUUAAUCUUGGGUACUGUUCUCAACAUUUAGUUUUGAGAAAGAUAUACACAUGCCUCUAUUUAAGAAAGUAAUAAAGGAAAUAUUUAUGUUUGACUUCCAGCAUGUGAACUUUAACUUUUUUAUUUUAAUUUUUUACUAAAGGAAUGUGAGAUCAUUCUAAUACAGAAAGUGUUAAACUUAUUCACUAUAGUACAAAUAUAAUGUUUGCUAAAAGUGAGUUAUCUUAAUCUAUAAUUUUAUUAAGUUAAAACAUUAAAGGUAUUGAGAUUUUAUUUCAUUUUCCUUUAGAAGAAGGAACAUAGCUUAACCAGGUUUGAUAUUAAUGGUUUCAAACAUUUAAAAGUAUUUAGGUAUGUGUCUAAUCUUGUACUAUCAAUAUGCCAAAUUUUUAAAAAUCAUGUUUUUUUUUCCUACUUAAUGGCAACAGUAUAUACAGUUUUUAACUUAUUCCCUUCUUGUGAGAGUUCCUGGUAUACUCAUUCUCUUUUUGAUUAAAGAAGAAAAAACCUAGCUUUCCAAAUUUAGAGAACAAGUCAAGCUCUUUGUUGGUGUUUUCAUGUUGUUUUUCUUAAGUGUUUUGGUAUGCUUUUAUGGGGAGGCAUGAAGAACCAUUUGAUUUUCUUUCAAACUGAUUGUUUCACAGAAAGAAACAUUUUCAGAAAACAUAUACUCUCUGAAUUAGGAAAGCAUUGUGUUCUUAUUUAACAUGAAACAAAUUGAAAUCUAAAACAAGGCUGAAUUUUUUAAAAAUCGAAGACAGUUUUUAGCAAAAAAGGAAACUAUAAAAUGAUAAAAGAGGGGUAUCAUGUCAAAAACAGAAUCCUUGAGGUUUCAUAUAUUUUAAGGAAGUUGCCAUAAAACAGAAAUAGAGCUGUUGGUAAACCACUUUUUUAGAAUAAAGAUCUCCAAACCUUUUGAUUAAACAACCCCUCAGUAAAAAAAUAUAAAUAAAUAAAAAUAAAAUUAGCACAUCUCCCCUAUUAUGUAUAUAUAUUUGCUUAUUUAUACCAUAGAAUCACUACUAUGUUGACCAUUAUGAACAUUUAUACAAAAACGGGAAUUUUAAAAGGAUGAGAUAAUGAAAUAACAUUUAAUCUUAAGUUUCCAGGUAGGACACUGAAAUGCUCAAACAUGCACUUUAGAAAAAUCACUUUGGCCAUUGUGUAGAGAAUAAAUUGAAAAGGGUAAAAACCGCAAGUAGGAAAACCAAUUAAAAGUUAAUAUAGUCUAGGCAAGAUAAUGAGGGACUGAAUUUUAGAGUCAUUGUGUGAAUACGAGAUGAGGACAAAUGCAGAAGAUAGAGAAGUGGAAACAACAGUGUUUGGCAGCUGACUUACAUGGAUCAAAGAACUGAAAAAAAUAGUAAAGUAGCCUGGAAGCCUGGUAGGGUAGUAGUACAUUCAAUAGCAAAAGGAAAGUUGGAAGAAGAAUGGGUUUAGAAAGGAAAAAUAAUGUAAUGAAAUAUGAAAUGUAGAUCACAACUUUCUGAUCUUCCUACGUGACUGUUCUACCCAAAACAGAAAGAAGGGAGAUGAGCUAAAAUUAUACAGUACAGAGCCCAGCAUUCAAGGGAUUGCAACCAUAGAUAGAUGCAAAGUGAUUUCAAGGCAAAACUAAUCAAGAAUUUUCUCUUUGGCAGUUACAUAGUUAAUUGCUGUGACUGGCCCCAUAUAAGUAUUCUGAGGAAAUGACACACCAUUUAAGGAGAGUAGAGGUUGGGAGCUUGCACAGGAAAGAGAUUGGGCAGAGUAGGAGAGUGGUGGUUAGGGCAAGUGUCUUUGUGGAGACAGUAGAAGGGAAGGGAGUAUGAGUUGUAACCCAUCUUUUUACAUCCUUUUAAUUAUCCAGACCUCUUAGAAUAGAUGACAGCUUCUACUUUAAAGAUUGCUAUUUUAGAAAACUUUCCUAGGUAAUUUGAGUUAGGUACAAACUCACAUUUAUCAGGAACAAGAGAAAUGUGUCAACACUCCAAAAUGCAGAUUCCAUUUUGUAGACUAUUCUGUAGUAUAUCAGGGCAUUUUAUUAAUGUUUGACUAUAUUAUAGGUUACCUCACAGUUAACCUGGAGAGUGGAAGUAAUAUAGUACAAUAAUAACGUGGAAGAAUGACUUUGCAUUUCUAUGCAUAUUAAUAUAUGAAUUGAAUAUUAUAGUGCUAAAAGAAACCUAGGAGGUUUUUGAGUUUUUCAUCAGAAAGUGCUUUUAAAAGUAAAAGGACUAACAUCUCAGUUUUUAACAUUCAUUUUUGUCUUAUGACUACAGCUUUUAGUUUCAGUGAACUAAAUAUUUUUUAGUAGUUUCGUGUGUGUGUAUAUACUAUAUAUAUAUAAAACUUCUUGGAAAAAUGUGAGGACAAUUGCUGGUAGGGGUAGAAAGGGGCUUACAAGUUUCUUAUGGACUAAAAUGGUUUGAGAAACUUCAAAAUUCAGAAGAGUUGUUCACCUGAAAAAGUUUGUUUAUAAGUCACUGGAACUUGAUUAUGAAUAUGGCAGUCAACUAUAUCAAUUAUAGCCUUAUAAAUUCUCUCCUGAGGGGGGGAGAAAAACCACCUUAUGUUUACAUAUUCCUCUUUCUGUAUUUACACUAAUCUGAAAACUUUGAUCUGUAGUUAAAGAAGUAAUAAGUUAAAAGAUAAAUUUCUUGAACAGUAUUAACUGAAAGUCUCCCAUUCAAGGUAGGGAAAUGGUUUCAGAGUAGGAAAGAAGCUGAAUAAAAAUGUCUAUGACAUAAUCUACCCAUCCAAGUGAAUAAAUCCUUAUGAGGGGAGAUCGAAUAUCUCUCAAAUUAACUUUUAUUUUUUCUCCAGUUAGGGAAAUUUUCUUCACAUUAUGCCUAAAAUCUACCCUUCAUUUCAUUCUGCCAAAGAACAAUUUUAAUCCCGUCAGAAGUGAUAGCCCUUCAAAUACUUGAAGUCACUUAUGCCCUCAGUAAGGCUUCCUUUCUAUUCUUUAUCUCCAGUUCUUUAAAAACAAUUCACAAGUAAUAUUUUUUUAAACUUCAUAUACUUGAUAUAUUUCCUAAAACAUGGGGCCAAAAACUGAAUACAGUUGUGGCCUGAACAAGGCAAACUAGAGGGUUAACACUAAUCAUUUCCCUAGCCUAGAUCUCAAUUCAGUUUAAGAUAGCAUUAGCAUUUGAGGAUGCCAGAUAUUGUUGAUUUGAUCUUAGAAUAUAGCGAAAUCUUACAUCUUUUUAACAAACUGCCAUCUACUUAUAAUCAAGGCAUUUCCUUUUGAAGUUUUUAAAAACCAAAGCAUUGAAUUUAUUAAAUAUUAAGAAAUGUAAGCAUUUAUACCUAGUGUCACAGUAAGAUUUAACCCAGCAUUUAACUUAAGAUCUUUUUGACUUAUAAUUGCCUUUCAGAACUUUGCAUCAUUCACAGGCUUGGCAAAUGAGAUAUUUAUUAUGGCAUAUUGAUGUAUAUAUAAAUAGCACUGAGCCAUCAAAUUUAAUGAAUACUGUUUGGAUUACAUUAUUCAAGUGCCAAAAUUGACAUAACUAUUUAGCCUAUAUUUCUCUUAACCAUUAUAGCAACAUAAAACCUGUCAUGCUUUGAUAUUUAGGUAAACGCUUAUCUACAGCAUUCCCCUGAUAAACUGAUGUAUAGUAUUUUUAUAAAUGAGCUCUGGAGCAACCUAUUUUCAUAAUCUUCUGUGGUCAUUAUUUCUGUUUCUAUUAACCAUCCCUUUAAUUCUUUGCUACAGAAUUUUACAAGACAUCCAAGUCAAGCUCACUGGCAACUACUGAUUCUAUCCCUUUAAAUAUGUUGGAACAUUUACCUUUCUCCAGACCUAUGGUACCUCUCCAUUUGAUUAUGAUCUUUUAAAGCUUAUUAGCCAUUAUAUCUGCCAAUUCUGUAAAAAGAAAUUUAAGAGCCAUUAAAAGAAAUCCCAAAGGGAUUAUGGAGACAAGUCCAGAUCUAGUUGAUUUCAUUCUAUGAAUUCUAUGAAACAAAAAAUAAUUCCUAUAUUAUGUAAAUUGCAUUCCCUCCUCUCCCCUCUCCCCAUUUCUCCCCCUCAAAUAGCACUACUGUAUUCCUAUGACAUAAAUAUGGUCUUGGUAUAUGGACAGUCAAAACAAGUUUUGUGCUUACCUGUGCAUAUCGUAAAAUUUUUAGUGUGAGCAUUUAUACCUUCUUGUUUGUUUUUCAGUUGCAUCCAACUCUUCCUGACCCUUUUCGGGGUUUUCUUGGCAAGGAUUUUGGUGUGGUGUGCCACUUCCUUCUCCAGAGCAUUUUACAGAUGAGGAAACUGAGACAAAACAGGGUUAAGUGACUUGCCCAGAGUCACACAGCUAGUAAGUGUAUGAGGCCAGAUUUGAAUUCAGUAAGGGAAUCUUCUUGACUAUCAUCAUUCCAUUCACUACACUAUUAGACUUGAUUUGUUAAUUGUCUAGUAGGGAUGAAAAAAUGUUAAUAAAACUUUUAAAAUGUAUGAUUAUCUAUUCCCCCUAUCUUAGGAUCCAGUUGCCAAACAUUUUUCAACACAUUUAUGCUAUAAUAUCCCAAAUGAACAUUAAUGCAAAAAUGUUAGCAGUAUGAUUCGCAAAACAAUAUAAUUGCCCCCCACACACACACACACAUAUACACAUAUACUAAAACAGUAACAGGCAAAGUUGUGAAAUUCCAGUAAAACCCAACAGAAACAGAUAAAUUCUAUUUAGAGAAAAUUCAGAAAGUAUAAAGUAUUUAGAAGAUUACCAAGAAACACAUCAGGAUUAUAUGACUACAGCUACAAAACAUUAAAAUAAUACCUAAAUAAUUAGGAGAAUAUUAGUAGUGUGUAUCAGACUACCAAAGAGUCAUUUCAUAUGACCAAAAAAAGUAAAUUCAUCUGGAAUCACAAAAGUUCAAGAAUGUCUAAAGAAAUAAGUAGGAACAGAGAAUAAUUUGAUAUUGGUUUAAAUCAGUGGGAUAGGUUAUUCAUCAUUUAGAACCUAAUCUAAUUUUUAAUAAACCUAAAGACUCCAGUUACAGACAAAAAAACUACUAUAUGAUUUAAAAUAAGCAGUAUGACAGAAAUAGAAACUAGCUCCAAACAUAAGUACCAAGUGGAUACGUUACCUAGAUGUAAAAAUUCACCAGAAACUGAUUUUUUUUUUUUAAUUAAUGUCCCACAGGAAAAGCUCAUAACCAAACAAGGGGAAAAAGGGAAGAAUUGUAGAAGAUAAAUAAAAAGUAUUUGCAGAAACUUCCAAUAAAGCUAACACUAAAAAGGGAAACAACUGGGGACCUUUAUUGCAAUUUUUCUCUAAUAAAGGUCUCAUGUCUGAAGUAUAAGGAAGUGUAUAAGAUUCAUUCCCCAGUCCAUAAAUAGUAUAAACAUAUAUAGCGUUCUUGAGGGAAGAAACUCAAGCUGUAUGUGACAAGAUGUGAAAUGGUAGUAGCACAGUGUGAUAUUGGAAGAAAAACUAAUAAUACAAUGGCCAGUAAAUUAAAUGACAUCAGAAUAUGGAUUGAGUGAUGUAUCUGAAAAAAAUGAAUCCAGAGGGAGCAAAAUUGCUGAAUGAUGGUGGCAAAGGAAGGGUUUGGAAAAAUUCUCUGAAAUCAGGGAGUAAAGAUGAUCCCUCCAGGUCAUUGUGGCAAGUAUUAAAGCCAAACAGUAUUAGGGAUGUGGUUUCUUCUACAGGGAACUAGGUCUCAUGAUGAAAGGACCUGCUAUGACAUCUUUAUCACUGCGGUUGGAAGAGUAAAAUGUAAUGGAAGUCUUUUAGUGGGGCUAUCAAGUAUCCUUUGAGUUACAGAGGGCAAUUUAGAAUUUAGAUUAAAGCACAUAACCACAAAGGAUCAGGAGAUAAAUGGAUUGUUCCAUUUCUCAAAUAGCCAAUAGCAUUUGUAUGAAGCAUUUAUUGCCAUUUUGCAAUUCUGAGAAUAGUGAAUUAUUUUAAGAUGAAAGCAUAAUCCCCUAAGCAUUGCAUCUAGAACAACCUUAACAAAAGUGGUCUAAUUCAGCAUUGCUUCAGAAUGUGAAUCUCAGAAGAUUGAUAACAGACAUUUUAAUGAUUGAUAAUACAUUUCAAGCACUGAGCAAAUGCGUUGUUAGCAUGUCAUGAAAAAAAAUCAUGUCUGUGCCCUAAUAGACAACCUGACCUUACCUCUGAGUUGCCCUAUGUGUUUUUAAACAAUCUGCAGAUCUUUCUACAAUAAAAAUAAAGUAUUUUAUCACAAAA